CCCCCAUCCUCCUUCAUCGACACCAAAGUAUUACCGUUCCUGGCCUGUCACGACAACAACGCCUUGACCCUUGGCCUGACACACACGACACACAAUUACAACCACGAUCCCGCCGCUCCUUUUCCCGCGGGUGCGCGCAUCAGCGGGCCACCAACGCUUUCGAAAGCCAUUGUGAGGAGGCUCCAGCUGCUCUGGAUACGCUUUCGCUUGUUACCCAACCAAACCCCAUUUACGCAUUCUACCGCGAAGCUUGGACUGCUUAGUCCAGCCAAAACACCAACCCCCAUCGUGGCUAGUCCCGCCGUGACGCCGCACCCUGGCUGACCCGACGACAAUCUCUCUCUAGCGCGCACCACUGCUAAGUAAUAGCAAGUAGACACACGCUCACCCCGUUGCCCUUGCUCAGCCGACGAAACAGCGGAGUCGCAAUCUCACCCCCCCUCGUCCGAGUUGAUCCAACGCCGCCAACCUUUGCGCUCUUCUCCAGACCAGCCCACGCUUUGCCCGACCCAUUCUUCUUGGCAAUUGCCCAACGCCCCCCCAGCUUUUUGGCUCCCUCGCUCCAUGCCACUGCACGAAUAGUGGACCGUCUCUACGUCGUCUUCCGACCAGGGUCUUAUUUUACCAUCUGAAGGGCCACCCAAAGAAGGGGCUGCAGGCCAAGCGCAACCAAAAUAAUCCACGCCGAGACCUGCCGACGACGAACCGCCCUGCUCUGCUUUGCUCUGCUCUGCUCUACGGAUACUCUGCACUGUAUUACAUUGCACACAAAAGAACAAAUCCCACAUACCGACCCUCACGACCCGGGAAGCCGCCCCGUCGCACCUUUGGCAACCCUCUCGACGUCUUGUCUGGCUGUGCUGUGUGCCGGCCCAUGACCAUUUAUCCAACAUGACGAGACCUCACAUUAUUCGCGCUGACACGAUCGACCUCCAAGAUCCCGACGCACCGUCGGCGAAAGACCACACUUCCAGAACGACUGGCGCCCUGGGCCCCCAUCAGGCCGAGACUCUUCGAGAGGUUGCUCAAGAAUCCGCCGAGGACCAAGCACGCAGCCCGACGCAGUCUUGGACAAAUCACGGCGCCGACAACGACGACGACAUUUCAGACUCGGACGAUCUUGCCGGAAACGUCUCCAGGAAGCUCACCACUGCCGCCAUGGACGACGCAAGCAAAAAACAACAGCAGCAAGACGCCUUGGCUGUCGCGCAGAACGGAGGUGCGUCAAACUCGGACGACGGCAACAUGGACGACUCGGACGACGACCUGGACGACGACGACAUGAUGGACAAGAUUUCGAGUUCGCCCUCAAUUGAAGAUGUUAUACACCCGUAUUUCCUUCAUGGCAGCAUAGCAAGGCUUCUGCUCGUUCGAUUGGCCGUCAUCAUCUUCGUGGGUCGACAUACGAACGACAACGAGCGAUACGACGAACCGCACGACGAACGGUACGACAAGCAACACACCGACGACUAUUACGCCAACGACCCACCCGGCAACCAGUACAACGGCGAGUUUCACAGCCACGAGCAGUACCGCGACGAAUACUGCGACAGGCGAUGCGACGAUUGGGAACGGUACAGCGUCAAUGACACAAGUCACGAAGCAAAGUUCGGUCUUGAGGGCGUGGCACAGCAUGGCCCGAUUGUUCACCCGCUUCGGCUCCGCAAGUUCGAAGAAUCAGACCACGAGGACUUUGCGCAGCGGCGUGCCGAAAUGGAGAGGGCAGAAAGAGACGAGGCGAUUGGUGGACUCGACGACAACGGCAUCCCGCUUACGAUUCCCUACCAACCCUCGAUUCAUGAUGAUGAUGACGAUGAUGAUGACGAUGUUUCCCUUCCUGAUGAUUCCAGAUACACCGUCUGUGGCUGGGGCUACGAGUGCUUACACGAAGCAGAGGACAUCGAUUUCGAAUUCGUCUACGCGUUACACACCUUCGUCGCGACCGUCGAAGGACAAGCAAAUGCCACCAAAGGCGACACCAUGGUGUUGCUCGACGACAGCAACAGUUACUGGUGGCUGGUGCGCGUGGUCAAAGACAGCAGCAUCGGCUACUUGCCAGCUGAGCACAUUGAAACGCCAACAGAGAGACUGGCGCGCUUGAACAAGCACAGGAACAUUGACGUAGUCGCUCCCUCCACGGAAGAGAUGAACCUUUCUGACCUAGAUCAGCUUUCUGCCACAAUGCUUGGAGAUCAGGCUGGAGAAAAGUCCAAGAGCACGUUCAAGACAGCUCUGAGGAAGAAGAAGAAAACAGUCGCAUUCGCCGCUCCGACCUUCGUCGACUACUCAGACUACGACUAUUCUUCGGACGAGGAGGAUGUGGAUGAACUCCUUUCCCAGCAAAAGGGUGCCCAGCAGCAACAACAGCAACAGCAGCAGCAGCAGCAGCAGUCGACAGCACAGCAACCGUCGGAAGAGAACAUGGAUGAUGAUACAGCCAAAGUGGAGCCUUUGAAGCCUCGGACAACAAAUGAGAUCAAGGUCGUGGAGUCCGCAAAGCCGGACGAUUCUCUGGCAGACGAUCCGAAACGCGAUAGCGGCGAAAUAUUCGAGAAGCCCGAGGGUCCCAGCCGGUCACGAAAUGGCACCGUCAGGAACACCGACUCUUUCUUCAAAGACGAAACAGUUGAGACAAAGAAAAUCACCCUUACGCCUAACUUGCUUCGCGACGAUAGUGGCUCGCGGCCCUCGACCACGGAGAGUGUUCAGGUUAAGCAGCGGCCGAGUCUGGAUAAGAUUGACAAGGAGCUGCAGCCGGACAAGAAGGAGGAUAAGAAGAAGAAGGACAAGAAGGAGAAGGAGAAGAAGACGAGCACGAUUCGGAGUUUCUUCUCGCGUAAGGACAAGAAGAAAUCUACCGAUGACGACGACGAGUCUUUCGGCAAGAGAUCGAUGGACAUUGUCACGGAAUCCCAAGAUCGCGAGGAGGAGGAGAUCAAGGAGCCAUUGUCGCCGAGAGGGGAUGGUCCGCAACGGAACCCGAGCAAGCUCCAGAAGCAGCAGCCAAGGGUGGAACCGUCACCGUCGAGGAAGACCGGGGCCGCUACGCCUCAGAAAUCUGCCACCCGGGAACUGUCGGAUUUCAUCUCGACUGAAGGGCGACCCAACAACGUCUCGAACGUACCACCCGCCUCUAUGCGUAUUGUCGAGGACGACUCGUCGGACCCAGACGCCGCAGCUCAACAGCAACGGAUCAAGUCUCCCGAGACAACUCGAUCGCCGCCGCCACAAGAAAAGUCGUCGCUCUCCAAGAUCAUUCCUUCGCGGAGCGGUGGCAGUGACAAGCCACAAAAGGUCACCAAGGCCAAGUCACGGGUGGAGCUCGACGACUUUGAUUCUUCUUCUGGUGAGGAGGUCGAACCUGCCGCCGCCGCCGCUGCCGCCGAACCGCCGGUGCAGCAGCAGGCUGAGCAGAUAACAAAGGAAGAGAAGCUGGCCCGACCGUUGCCUGGAGCGUUCCCUGACAGCUACCUGAGCACCCAGAGCGGCUCGAGCGCUCAGACGGACAAGACCGUCACCCCAACGCAGCCUCAACAAGCUCAACCUCAGCCCGCUGCUGCGGAGCGAGAAAAGGACCGCCUUUCCGAGUCGCCUGUGCAAGUCUCUCCGGUGACGGCAAGCAAUCCACCUACGCUCAUGGUGGACACGUCAAGUCAGGAGGGACUCUCGACGUCACCGUCGCCGGAGCUCAUUGAAGCCGAGGAGGCAGGUAGACAUCGCGCGCAAGACUCAAUGACGGCGAGUUCGACAUCGACGGGCGGAAGCACCACUGGCAGCAGCUGGAACGACGCGAAGCUUCGGGCCUUUUUCGAUUCGAGCUCGGAUAUCCGAGAUAUGUUGGUCGUGGUAUACGACAAGAACGAUGUGGCGCCUGCUGGGCCGGAGCACCCGGUCGCAGGCUCCCUGUUCCGCGAACAAAACGCUAAGUUGGCGGAAAUCACAACGCAACUUGACAACAUGCUUGGUGACUGGUUAGCACGCAAGCAAAGACUUCGAGGCACUGUAUAAGACCUCUUUUACGAGCAUCACGUUUUACAGACAGCGACUGUGUACAGCACCUUUUUGACUUUUUGUCGGCGUCCUGGUACAUGGAUUGAAAGGGAUACGGAUUGACGGACGACAUUGAGGCGUGGUGGCUGAUAUGAACCUUAGCGCCAUGAUACUCUGCGCGCGCGUGCGGAUUGUGCAGUUUCUUGUUCUUUUCUUGAGAUGCGUGGACAUAGCAUGGCUUUCGCGGGAAGAUGUUGUCUACCCCUGCUUGCCACCUCUUUUUUUUUUUCCUUCUCAUUUUCAUUUUGCUUAGAUACACAACGCUCAGUCGUAACGUCGUGGCACAAGCAUGGAAACUUUGCAUAGGGGUUUGUUGGGCCGCUGGAGUAGUGUCGAGCCUGCCAUUUGUGAGAGAGGGAGAGAGGGAGAGAGGGAGAGAGGGAGAGAGAGAGAGAGAGGCAGACGAGACGCAGAGCCGUCUAAUACUAUUGGGUUGUCUGUCCUUGAGACUUGAUUAGUCUGUUAUCUACUGUUGCUGUAUGUGUGAUGGAUGGCGUAAGUGAGUUGACGAAUCGGGCCGCCUUCGAGCUCAAGAUAAUAACAGGACGAGACAUGCAUCAGCAGCUGAUAUUGCUCGGCGUCAGAUAGGUUAUGAUGUACUGCGUGUC